AUGAAAAGUCAUCAUCUCUGCUCCUCCACUCUUAUCACUGCAUUAAUAAUCAUUAGUUGUCUACAGUAUACAGUUGGACAAUUACAAACUUGUUCACAGAUAACUGCAUUGUCAACCGAUGAAAAUGACAAGGUGCUGUUAUGCCAGCUGUAUGAAAGCUCAUCAUUAUUGGCUAAACUUGGCACAUUUAUUUUGAAGGAUGUCGAGAAACUUUUGGCUAACGAAGGUGUGAUAGCAGACGACGUUCAAGAUAUCGAAAAAAGGAAGCAUGAAUAUCUGCGAUUCGGUAAGCGAAAGCACGAAUACUUGCGUUUUGGGAAAAGGAAGCAUGAAUACUUAAGAUUUGGUCGUAAGUAG